CUUAAAUGAAGAGAAAUUGGAUAUGUAGAAAGCGUCGUCGCGUUUACUCGCAAUCUGGUAUAUGUAGUACGAUUUUAAUUUCAAUAGAUAAAACAAAGAUAGUUGCUCAUCCUAUUGGCUACUACAAGCCAAUAUCAUUUUGUAAGCUUACUUUCUCUUCUUAUAUUACCUUUUGGAAUAGAUUCAUUCAAGCCUUCAUCUUUUCCCGCAAGUCUUUUUUUUUUUAAUAAUUUUGUUUUAUAUUAUAUACAUUCUAAUGCUUUAAUAAAAGCUCCAAUUCCAAAAAAAAGGCAACAACAAACAAACAAACAAAUAAACAAAAUAGUUGCAAAAAAAAAAA